AUGACAUUCUCUGGUGGUGGUGAAAAGAAGCACGAGGGCCCCUACUAUCCAGAAGCGGCCAGCGAGCAGUGGCGCCCCGGCCAGAGUCCAAUGUCCUCCGAGCCAGGUUCUCAGGGGGGGCUGCAACCGCCACCGGAACAGUAUCUCUGUAACAGAGGUCGACCGAUAUCAUUUUAUGAUAUUCGAGAAGCGAGAGAACAGCGUGGUCCGAAUGGCAAGAGCUCCCAGCGACAGUCAUGCGCCAGCAACAACGAUUAUCCGCACACCUAUGCGGGUAUGUCCGGGGUGGAUCAGUACCAACACAGUCCACCAAGCAUAGCGCAGCAGCUACGGCGGGCGCGCCUGGCAAGCGAGAAGGAGACCGUUCCGCUUCGACUCCCAUGGACGCUCUGGAUGAAUAGCACAGCCAAAAACCACUUUGUGGCCGCCCUUGGAGAAUUUAUUGGCACGAUUCUAUUUCUAUUCUUCGCAUUUGCUGGCACGCAAGUGGCUAUAGCCAAGGAACCGAACACUGCCAUGACGAACCAGUUGAUGGCUAUCAGGCCUAUCAUAAUUCUCUAUGUCUCUUUGUCCUUUGGAUUCAGUCUUAUGGUGAACGUCUGGGUCUUCUUUCGGAUAUCCGGCGGUCUGUUCAAUCCAGCGGUCACCUUGGCUAUGCUCCUUGUUGGCGCCAUCGGUCUAGUGCGAGCUCUCUGCCUCUUUCUAGCCCAGAUUGCUGGCGCUAUAGCUGCAUCAGCCUUAGUGAUGGCCAUCUUCCCUGCUCGUCUUAGUGUCAACACCACCCUAAGUGACGGUGUAUCUCUUGUCCGCGGUGUCUCUAUCGAGGCUCUGCUGACGGCUGAGCUUGUUUUCACUGUCCUCAUGCUCGCCAAGGAGAAACACAAAGCCAACUUCAUCGCUCCUGUGGGCAUCGGUUUGGCGUUGUUCAUUGUUCACCUUGUUGGAGUAUUCUACACCGGAGGAUCCGCGAAUCCAGCGCGGAGCCUUGGACCGUGCAUCGUCACCAAUACGUAUGACAAGGAGCUCUGGAUCUACUGGGUCGGUCCAUUUAUCGGCGUUCUCAUUGCCGUAGCCUUUUAUAGAUUCAUCAAAGUCCUCGAAUACGAGAUGGCAAAUCCCGGACAGGACGGCGACGAUCUAAACGACCCGACCAAGAACCCAAACCAUGAGGUCCGGGAGAAGCAGCGCCAUUCGACAGCUCGUGUCUUGCAGUCUCUUGGUCUUGACCACUUGGGACUGCAUCACAGUGAGGCUUACGACCAAGGUGUGGAGAGACAACCGCGGGUGCGGACGCCGAUGGAUGGGCCUGUAUUCCGGGAAGUCCCACCGGCGACAGUGCGGACUACAGAAACGCAAAGAACACAUGAGUACUCGCCGACGGCGGCAAGUCAUGCUGGAGUGUAUGGGGUGCUGCCCUCCAGCGAUACACCCUCAAUGACAUCGCCGCCGGGAAUACCUGCAAGACAAGCUGCGCCGCAUGCAAUCUCGCCGGGGGCUUCCGAAGCUGUGUAG